AUGGACGAUGACUUUGGUGCCGACCAAGACUUCCUCAAUGCCCUCGCCGCGUCCGACGCCACGGGCAGUGGAGGCUCCGGUCGCGUGGGCCCUCAGCAGCCCGUCCCACAGAGGAUUCAACAGCCCACGCCCCAGAGGCUCGACAGACCUCGUCCCAGCAAUGCCGCCUCCGCCUCCGCCUCCGCCUCGGGCCCGUCAGCUGCCGCUCCUGGCGUCAAGCAGCCCACCCCGCAGGCACUCCCUCAGCGCGCCGCCGGCUCUUCCAUCCUGGUCUCGCCACGCCAGAAGGGCAAUCCCGUCCUCGCCUGCCUCAAGUCCCUCCCUUGGGAAUACAGCGACAUCCCCGCUGAUUACGGCCUGGGCCUGACAACCUGUGCCCUAUUCUUGAGUCUGAAAUACCACCGCCUCCAUCCCGAGUACAUAUACACGCGCAUCCGGAACCUGCAGGGCCGCUACAAUCUGCGCAUUCUGCUCACUAUUGUCGACAUCCCCAACCAUGAGGACUCCCUCCGUGAGCUCUCCAAGACUAGCCUUGUCAACAAUGUCACCCUGGUCCUCUGCUGGUCUGCCGCCGAGGCCGCCCGCUACCUCGAGCUGUACAAGUCCUACGAGCACGCGAGCUUCGCCGCCAUCAAGGGCGCCCAGGCAACCUCGUAUGCCGAUAAGCUCGUCGAGUUCGUCACCGUCCCAAGGUCCGUCAACAAGACCGACGCCGUCGCCCUGGUCAGCACCUUUGGUAGCCUCAAGGCGGCUAUCAAUGCCGACCCAGAGACGAUCGGUGUUAUCGGUGGCUGGGGGGAGAAGAAGGUCAAGGCCUGGACCAACGCUGUCGAGGAGCCCUUCAGGGUGAAGAGGUCCGGGAAGAGGACGCUGGGGACGGAGGAAAGCACAGAUGCCGAGGUCCAGAGGAGAAGGAACCUGGAUGCGGCCAGGCCCAUUGGCCGUGUGCCUCAAAGGGAGUUGGAAGAGUUGGCGGCGUCGAGAAGCCACGGCGGAGCAAGCGACGAUGGCGGGGCCCAACAGCGCCCGGCAAGAGCAAGGCAAGUCCAGAUUCCCGGUCGAGAUGACCAGGACGAGGAUCAGGAUGCAGAGCUUGCUGCGGCAAUCGCCGAGUCGAGGCACACAGCCGAACAGGAAGCGAGAGCACGGGCUGCGGCCGGAGCUGGGUCAUCAUCGAAUCGGCCCCCAUCGGGGAGCAGAGGUGAUGAUGAGCUCUUCGGAGGCAUAGCUGCGGCUUUGGCGAAGCUGAGAAAAGGUUGA